ACUCCGAUUUUAAUGAUUUUUGGCUCUAACCCAUACGAUUUUUGACAACCUUUCUGAUUUUGGCACUCAAUCAUUCGAUUUAGAAAGGAUACACAUGGCUCCGAAAAAGAGACAACGUCCAGGAAAAGUGCCCAUGACUGAAGAACGUAGUGAGCCUCAAGACAUCCAAUGGACACACGGAGAGAAAACAUCACGAAGCGAUUUCGAGAAAAUCAAAGUCCAUCCAACACGCUUCGUUGACAGAUUUUUCCUGCGACAAAUGGGACUUGCAGAAGGAGUGGAUGACCUCCUUCAGCGCAUAGGCAUGUCUUGUCUGAAAGACAUGUACUACCCGACAUUCGAAGAAGAGACCAGGGACUUUCUCUCAACGGUUAAGGUCGAAUACGAGAAGCCGAGGGACAAGGUUGCGAGUCAAGGUUUGAUGACCUUCAAGAUUCGCAACAAAGGCUACGGGCUUACCAUAUUUGACAUAUGCGAAGUCUACGGGUUUAGCAAAGGGGAAGCGGUCAAUUUCGAUACAUUCCAUGGCGCAAAUAAUUUAUGGAACAGAAUUGCGAAUGGAAACUACAAAACACACGGAGCGAAGAUGACGGGGAUCAGAAAUCCGGUAAUUCGAUAUGUUUGCAAGCUGUUGGCAAACACAUUCUUCGCAAGGAAAGACGCUGGAGCAGUCACACUAAAGGAGCUAUGCUUACUCUACCAAGGGCUCAAGCAUCUUCUGAUAGACAUGCGAGGAGUACUUCUCGAGUAUGAGUUUGGGGAUGAGAUCAACUAUGGGAGCAUCUUCGCAAACAACCUGCUGCAAUUCAAGACAUGGGCAAAAACCACGCCAAAUCCAGAUCUUUACAUUGGAGGUAUGCUUACUCCUUUGUUCAAAAAAGCCGGUGUAGAUCUUAGCAGCAGUCGCGAGCUCCCUGAUAUGGCAUAUUUGAGUAGAGACUAUCUCAUCUUGUCUCGGUUCUUAAAAGCGACAAGGGACCUGAACACGCUCCAUUACAAGAUACAACUCCGUGACAAGACAAAGAAGAUCUUCGUGCUGCCACAACCAGAUAAGACUAACAUUCUUACUUUGACAAAUGUUAAGUUUGAGGUUGGCGAGGAAGAUCUUUUACAGGAAGACCAGGGUCCAAUGGAGCUAAGCGAUGGUGAUGGUGAAGAUGCUGCAGAACCCAGAGACUACUUGGAAGAACUAAACAUGAUACAAAUGCCCGACAUAGAGUUUACAGCAAGAACAAAGCGGGAGAAACUCAUCCAAGCAGCAUAUAAAGCUCAGAAGAAGAUAAAUGAGCUACAGAAGAAGCUCAUCGGCAAACUGUUCUGGAAAGUGAAGAAGCUGCAACCGCCGGAUUACGUAUCGAGCGAAGACGAAGAUGAAUGAACUGAGACCACAGUUAAAACAAAGGUCAAACCAUCCUAUCAUAAAAUUGUCUUUUUCAUUUUAGUUUUGCUGUUUUUGGUUUUUAUUUGUAGACAACACU